GUUCUACAUGUGUUACCAGGAUCCAUCAGAGACCAGGACCUGGACCUGGACCUGGAUAUGGACCUGUACACAGCUGUGUGUCCAUGAAGAGUAACCGGUCUAUGGAUGCUGAAAUACUCUUCAAAGAUGGCUGUCCCUCUGUUGAUGCAAGUUCACAUCAGCAGAGAGAAAAAUCUCCUGAACCCAGCUGUGUGUCCAUGAAGAGUAACCGGUCUAUGGAGGCUCGAAUACUCUUCAAAGAUGGCUGUCCAAGAGAGGACCAGGACAGCCCAGAGGUUCUCACAGGUCAGUCUGCCCGGCCGCAUCAAACCAACCUGGACUCCAUAUUUAUGCUGCUGGAGGAGAACAUCCUCACUUUUGUAAAGAACGAGCUGAAGAAGAUCCAGAAGGUUGUGAGCUCAGAUGACCCAGAAUCCUUAGAGAGUCAGAGGGAGGAUCAAGAGCAGAGGAGGAGCGGAGAGGCAUUUGAGAAGAUAGCAGUGCACUUCCUGAGGAGAAUGAAGGAGGAAGAGCUUGCUAAACGUCUGCAGAGCAGACUUUUUGCUGCAGUUUGUCAGCGUGAACUCAAAUCUAAUCUGAAGAAGAAGUUCCAGCGUGUGUUUGAGGGCAUCGCUAAAGCAGGAGAUCCAGCCCUUCUGAAUGAGAUCUACACAGAGCUCUACGUCACAGAGGGCGGGACUGCAGAGGUCAAUAAAGAACAUGAGGUCAGACAGAUUGAAAGAACAUCCAGCAAACCAGCCAGACCAGAGACAACCAUCCGACGAGAAGACCUCUUUAAAGCCUCAACUGGAAGAAAGGAACCAAUCAGAACAGUGAUGACUAAGGGAGUGGCUGGCAUUGGGAAAACAGUCUUAACACAGAAGUUCACUCUGGACUGGGCUGAAGACAACAAAGACAACAAGGACAUACAGUUCAUAUUUCCAUUCACCUUCAGAGAGCUGAAUGUGCUGAGAGGGAAGUACAGUUUGGUGGGACUUGUUCAUCACUUCUUCUGUGAAACCAAAGCAGCGAGAAUCUGUAAGUUUGAAGAGUUCCAGGUUGUGUUCAUCUUUGACGGUCUGGAUGAGUGUCGACUUCCUCUGGACUUCCUCAACAAUGAGAUCCUAACUGAUGUCACAGAGUCGGCCUUGGUGGAUGUGCUCCUCACAAACCUUAUCAGGGGGAAACUGCUUCCCUCUGCUCGCCUCUGGAUAACCACACGACCUGCAGCAGCCAAUCAGAUCCCUCCUGAGUGUGUAGGCAUGGUGACAGAGGUCAGAGGCUUCAAUGACCCCCAGAAGGAGGAGUACUUCAUUAAGAGGUUCAGAGAGGAGGAGCAGGCCAGCAGGAUCAUCUCUCACAUCAAGACCUCUCGAAGCCUCCACAUCAUGUGCCACAUCCCAGUCUUCUGCUGGAUCACUGCUACAGUUCUGGAGGACAAUUUGAAGACCAGAGAGGAACGAGAGCUGCCCAAGACCCUGACUGAGAUGUACGUUCACUUCCUGGUGGUUCAGUCCAAAGUGAGGAAGGUCAAGUACGAUGGAGGAGCUGAGGCGGAUCCACACUGGAGUCCCAAGAGCAAGAAGAUGAUCGAGUCUCUGGGAAAACUUGCAUUUGAUCAGCUGCAGAAAGGAAACCUGAUCUUCUAUGAAUCCGACCUGACAGAGUGUGGCAUCGAUAUCAGAGCAGCCUCAGUGUGCUCAGGAGUGUUCACGCAGAUCUUUAGAGAGGAGAGCAGACUGUCCCAGGACAAGGUGUUCUGCUUCGUCCAUCUGAGUGUUCAGGAGUUUCUGGCUGCUCUUCAUGUUCAUAUGACCUUCAUCAGCUCUGGGGUCAAUCUGCUGUCAGGGUGUCGAUCUAUUGGCAAAGAGAAAGUUAAACCAAAAUGUUUCUACGAGAGUGCUGUGGACGAGGCCUUGCAGAGUCCUAAUGGACACCUGGACUUGUUCCUCCGCUUCCUCAUGGGUCUUUCCCUGGAGACCAAUCAGACUUUCCUACGAGGUCUGCUGACACAGACAGGAAGUCGCUCACAGACCAAUCAGGAGACAGUCGAGUACAUCAAGGAGAAGAUCCGUAAGAAUGUGUCUCCAGAGAAAAGCAUCAAUCUGUUUCACUGUCUGAAUGAACUGAAUGAUGGUUUUCUAGUGAAGGGGAUCCAACAGGCCCUUAGUUCAGGACGUCUCUCCACAGAUAAACUGUCUCCUGCUCAGUGGUCCGCUCUGGUCUUCAUCUUACUGUCUUCAGAGGAAGAUCUGCAGGUGUUUGAUCUGAAGAAAUACUCUGCUACAGAGGAGGCUCUUCUGAGGCUGCUGCCAGUGGUCAAAGCCUCCAACAAAGCUCUACUGAGUGGCUGUAACCUCUCAGAGAGAAGCUGUGAAGCGCUGUCCUCAGUUCUCAGCUCCCAGUCCUCGAGUCUGAGAGAGCUGGUUCUCAGUAACAACAACCUGCAGGAUUCAGGAGUGAAAACGCUGUCUGCUGGACUGAAGAGUCCACACUGUGACCUGGAGACUCUCAGACUGGAUGGCUGUAACCUCUCAGAGAGAAGCUGUGAAGCUCUGUCCUCAGUUCUCUGCUCCCAGUCCUCUAAGCUGAGGAACCUGUAUCUGAGUAACAACAACCUGCGGGAUUUAGGAGGGUACAUGCUCUCUGCUGGACAGCAGAGUCCACACUGGAGACGGGAAUUUCUCAGGGUGGAGCCUGAUGAAGUCCGAUGGUUCAGACCGGGUCUGAGGAAUUAUCUCCGUGAACUCACAUUCGACACAAACACAGUACACAGAAAACUCAAACUGUCUGAAAACAACAGGAGGGUGACAUGUGUGGAGGAGGAUCAGUCAUAUCCUGAUCAUCCAGACAGAUUUGAAGCCUGGUCUCAGCUGCUGUGUACUGGUCUGACUGGUCGCUGUUACUGGGAGGUCAAGUGGAAAGGAGGAGUUCAAGUAUCAGUGAGUUACAGAGGAAUCAGGAGGAAAGGAGUCAACGAUGACUGUUGGUUUGGAUACAGUGAUCAGUCCUGGAGUCUGAUGUGCUCUGAUGAAGGUUACGUUGUCUGUCACAAUAAGACAGUAACACACAUCACCUCCUCCUCCUACUUUGGUAGAGUAGCAGUGUAUGUGGACUAUCCUGCUGGCUCGCUGUCCUUCUACAGAGUCUCCUCUGACACACUGAUCCACCUCCACACCUUCAACACCACAUUCACUCAACCUCUUUACCCUGGGUUUGGGUUUAGCUUCAAGACCAUGUCAAGGCUCAGGCUUGGUUCCUCAGUGUCUCUGUGUUCUCUGCAGGAGGGAGAGUCUCCUCCUGGUAGAGAACCUCCCUCUCCGCUCUCCAUAUAGUUCAGUGGAGAGCCUGAACUACUGUACAAGACGUCACACAGCUGAUGUUGGUGCAUGUGGAUGUAGAUGCAGGUGGAGCAGGUGAGGGGUACCUGAGCUGGUCUGGACUCUGGGGGUCUAGAGAAGGGCGUAACCACGCAUUCUUCGACCGUAGUGUCCCCCCCCCCCGUGGACCGUAGCUUCCAGCGAACCCUCCAAUGUCUAAACCAUGGUUAUGGCCUUUGUAAGAGACAUUUUUGUUAUUGUUUGAUUGUUAGCUCCACCCCCUUGGUGGUGGGAGGUUGUUUUUUUCAAUUAGGCCGCAAGGUCGAUAUAAUCAGGUGGAGUACCUCGCACAUAGCAUACUUUUUUUUUAUUUUAUUCCUCGUGCGCUGUUGUCUUGUCGGCCACUGUUGUACUGUCUGCUGUUACUGUCAAGUCAAAUUUCUGACAUAUUAUGGCAAUAAAUGUUUCCUUAUUCCUAA